CGCAUCAAGAGAGCAGACAGCCUUCCUCGUCCUCUCGAGCAUCUUACAGGCCGCCGCUCCUUCCGGAUCUGGGCGAGGCGAGCUGCGGCGCCGGCCGUCGCGGGGAGGAGGGACUAGGGAGGAUGAACUGGAUCGGGCGCAAGAUCCACCUAUACAAUGUCACCAUCGGCCUCUACAUGCUCGAUUGGUGGGAGCGCUACCUCUUCAAUAUUUUGAUGGUUUGCCUCUUUUGGUACAUUCUCCGGUAUCUCCUUGGGUUCUUCCAAAGCUUUCUAUGCCUUGCAGUAAUCUGAAGACGCUUUUCCAAGAUGGAAACUAUCUUGGGCGAGGCAGUACAUAGCCAUGGUUGGACGAAAUCUGCUUGUGAUCAUUUUGCCCAUGUAAUUUCAUCCUUUUAAUUAGUUGUUAACUGAGUAACAGUGAAGAAACUAAUUAGACAAUUGUUACCGUGUAGCCAUUUCUGUAUCUUCGCUGCCUGGAAGCUAAAAUUCUCCCUGUGUUUCUGUCUAGUGAGGGAGGACAGCUUGAUGUUGUGCGAGAUCGACGUUGCUGUGUUGUAUAUGAUUGCUAGUUUGCUAUACCGCCGUGCUUCGUGGUUGCACCA